GGAGGAGGGAGAGGAAAAAAGCGGCAUGCACGCAUUGGGAAGCGGACAGCCUUGGAAGCGGUUCCUUCUAAAUCCUCAUCACACGUCAGUUUUCUUGGAAUUUGGAUAUCGGAAUGGCUGGAAACGAGUGGAUAAAUGGGUACUUGGAGGCCAUAUUGGUCAGUGGAGCCUCCGCCAUUGAAGACUCCAAGGCCACGCCCAUCGCCUUGAGGGAGGGAGGCCAUUUCAACCCCACCAAGUAUUUUGUAGAGGAAGUGGUCACCGGGGUUGAUGAGACUGAUCUCCACCGGACAUGGAUCAAGGUCGUUGCCACUCGCAACACCCGCGAGCGCAGCUCCAGGCUCGAGAACAUGUGCUGGCGUAUCUGGCAUCUCGCUCGCAAGAAGAAGCAGCUGGAAGUGGAGGAUCAACAGCGCUUGGCAGCUCGGAGAUGGGAGCGGGAACAAGGACGCAGGGAUGCUACCGAAGACAUGUCGGAAGACUUGUCAGAAGGAGAGAAGGGUGAAACUGUGGGAGAGUUGUUGCCAGGUGAGACCUCGAAGAAGAAGUUCCAACGAAAUUCCUCCAACUUAGAAGUAUGGUCUGAUGAUAACAAGGAAAAGAAGCUUUACAUUGUCCUUAUCAGUCUGCAUGGUUUGGUACGUGGAGAAAACAUGGAGCUAGGUCGUGAUUCUGACACUGGUGGUCAGGUUAAAUAUGUGGUUGAGCUUUCUCGAGCACUUGCUAGGAUGCCAGGGGUGUACAGGGUCGACCUCUUCACUCGCCAAAUUUCUUCGCCUGAAGUGGAUUGGAGCUAUGGAGAGCCAACUGAGAUGCUUACUGUGGGUGCUGAAGAUGCUGAUGGAACCGAUGUGGGAGAGAGCAGCGGGGCUUAUAUUAUAAGGAUACCUUUUGGUCCACGUGAUAAAUACCUCCGAAAAGAAGUCCUUUGGCCCCAUAUUCAAGAAUUUGUAGAUGGAGCUCUGGCUCACAUUCUUAAUAUGUCAAAAGUUUUAGGUGAACAAAUUGGCGGGGGUCAGCCUGUUUGGCCAUAUGUAAUUCAUGGUCAUUAUGCCGAUGCAGGGGAUAGCGCUGCUCUUCUUUCCGGUGCUUUAAAUGUCCCAAUGGUACUGACAGGACAUUCUCUUGGACGAAACAAGCUUGAACAGCUUCUUAAGCAAGGAAGGCAAUCAAAAGAGGAUAUUGAUUCAACAUAUAAGAUUAUGAGAAGGAUUGAAGCAGAAGAGCUUUCCCUUGAUGCUGCAGAACUUGUGAUCACAAGUACCAAACAGGAGAUUGAUGAGCAAUGGGGACUUUAUGAUGGAUUUGAUGUCAAGCUCGAGAAAGUUUUGAGGGCUCGUGCUAGACGUAGGGUCAAUUGCCAUGGGCGUUACAUGCCAAGGAUGGCGGUUAUUCCUCCUGGGAUGGACUUUAGCAGUGUUGAGGUUCAGGAGGAUGCCCCUGAAGUGGAUGGAGAACUCAUGGCACUUGCUAGCUCUGAUGGUUCUUCUCCAAAAGCAGUCCCUGCAAUAUGGUCAGAAUUGAUGCGCUUCCUCACAAAUCCACAUAAGCCAAUGAUCUUGGCCCUAUCAAGACCAGAUCCAAAAAAGAACAUUACCACUCUUCUGAAAGCUUUUGGGGAAUGCCGUCCACUGAGAGAGCUUGCUAAUCUUACACUUAUAAUGGGGAACAGAGAUGAUAUCGAGGAGAUGUCUGGUGGAAAUGCUAGUGUCCUGACAACAGUGUUGAAAAUGAUUGAUAAGUAUGAUCUAUAUGGGCAAGUAGCUUACCCAAAGCAUCACAAACAAUCUGAUGUUCCAGACAUCUACCGGCUGGCAGCCAAAACAAAGGGAGUUUUCAUAAAUCCAGCUUUGGUUGAGCCUUUUGGACUUACCUUGAUCGAGGCUGCAGCACAUGGGCUUCCAAUGGUUGCUACUAAAAAUGGUGGUCCAGUUGACAUUCAUAGGGCACUCAACAAUGGUCUGCUUGUGGAUCCUCAUGAUCAAGAGCAAAUUGCUUCUGCAUUACUUAAACUAGUCUCAGAGAAAAACUUGUGGAUCGAAUGCAGAAGGAAUGGUUGGAGGAACAUACAUCUCUUCUCAUGGCCUGAACAUUGCCGCACAUAUUUGACAAGAGUUGCAGCCUGCCGUAUGAGGCAUCCACAGUGGAAAACUGACACCCCAAAGGAUGAAGUGGCUGCUGAUGACUCUUGGAAUGAUUCACUUAAGGAUGUGCAAGAUAUGUCCCUUAGGCUUUCAGUUGAUGGGGAAAAAAUUUCACUUAAUGGAUCACUUGAGCAUUUGGCUGCAGCCUCUGGUGAACAUGAGCUGCAAGACCAAGUAAAACAUGUCCUAAGCAGGAUAAAGAAGCCAGAAAGGGCCUCCCAAGAUUCUGAAGGCGGAAAGAAAGUUGUUGAUAAUGUGCCAAGCAAAUACCCCAUGUUGAGGCGGCGGCGAAGAUUGAUUGUCAUUGCACUCGAUUACUAUGAUAGCAAUGGAGCUCCUGAAAAAAAGAUGAUUAAAAUAGUGCAAGAAAUAAUGAAGGCUGUUCGAUCAGACUCACAAACAGCAAGAUUCUCAGGGUUUGCUCUAUCAACAGCAAUGCCAGUGUCAGAAACAGUGGAGUUCAUGAAAUCAGGGAAGAUUGAACCAAGUGAGUUUGAUGCUUUGAUUUGUAGCAGUGGGAGUGAAAUGUAUUACCCGGGUACUUACACAGAAGAAGAUGGGAAGCUUUUACCUGACCCAGAUUAUGCAUCGCAUAUUGACUACCAUUGGGGACGCGACGGAUUGAAGAAUACCAUUUGGAAGUUGAUGAACACAGAUGAAGUUAAAGGAGGAAAAUCUAAAAAUCCUUCCAAACCCAUUGAAGAAGAUGGCAAAUCAAGCAAUGCCCAUUGUGUUUCUUACUUGAUAAAGGAUCUCAGUAAGGCGAAGAAAGUGGAUGAUUUGAGGCAGAAGCUUAGGAUGCGGGGGCUCCGCUGUCAUCCUAUGUACUGCAGGAACUCAACAAGAUUGCAAGUCAUUCCCCUCCUUGCAUCUCGAGCACAGGCACUCAGGUACCUUUUCGUGCGAUGGAGACUGAAUGUUACAAACAUGUAUGUAAUUCUUGGUGAGACUGGAGACACUGAUUAUGAAGAACUGAGGUCUGGUACCCAUAAGACAGUGAUCAUGAAAGGAAUUGUGGAGAAAGGUUCUGAUGAGUUGCUUAGAAAAUCAGGAAGCUACCAUCGAGAUGAUGUCAUUCCAGGAGACAGCCCACGGGUAGCAUACACAAGUGGGGAAGCAACUGCCAGUGACAUUGCAAAAGCGUUACAGCAAAUAGCGAAAUCCACGGCCUGAAUGUGAGCUUGUAGUCUAUUCUUUUUCCGCUCCUUUUUGAUAAUUUUAUGACAUGGAAGUCUUCUGUUGAUAUGAAGCAUUUGCCAAUGUGGAAUCUGCCAAAAUGUAAUUAGAUAUGAUGAUUCCCAUUAGUCCAAAAAUACUUCUGUUGUCAUUCAGAUAUUGCAUAUCAGAACCUACACUAUAGCUUUAAUAAGAAUCUCUAUGUCCGUUUACUGAUUUAAUUUAGUUCCCUCCAAAUAUGGUUAGAAAUUAAAGCUUUGUUGGAUCUUGGAAAGAAUGAGAGUAAGAUAGGGGAGCUUUGAGAAAUACUCUCAUUUCCUUUUGUUCUUUGGAAUCACUUACAUUGGAUGGAAUGAUUUGAUUAAUUAGAAUGUCUACUUAUGAAUUCA